GAUACAGGCUUCGCUAGGUGAGCUUGAUACAUGCGUCGGUGCGUCAGUGUUCCAGGACCCAUCACUAGUGUUAACAUGAAUAUGUUUCUUCUUAUGACAUAAAAUAAUUCCACGCUGUUCGUGUCUGUGGGUGAAAUGUGAGCCCGAUCGGCUCCUCUCAGCAUUUUCCGUCCACUUGGCUGAUUUCCUGUAAGUAGAGAGGAAGUGAAGCGAAGUGCACAGUUUAGCUGAGCAUCCAUUUAGUGUGAGAGAGCAGGAGGACAGUGAGAGCUGUGCUGAGGCAGACUAACUCCACCCUGACAUCAAGAAGAUGGAGGAAGAAGACGGAGCAGCAUCUGCAGCAUCCAGCUGUGUGUCUGUGAGGAGUGACGGGGUCACACAAACACCUCCACAUUACAGUCAUGGACCUGCAGCAACAAUAGGUCAGAGGUCACAGUCUCCAGUAUCCAGCUGUACGUCUGUGAGGAGUGACUGGUCCAAAGACAGACCUCCAUAUUUCAGUCAUGAACCUGCAGCAACAAUGUUCUUCAAUCAUGGAGCUCAGCUGACCAUAGGUCAGAGGUCACUGUCUCCAGCAUCCAGCUGUGUGUCUGUGAGGAGUGACUGGUCCAAAGACAGACCUCCAUAUUUCAGUAAUGAAUCUGCACCAACAAUGUUCUUCAAUCAUGAAGCUCAGCUGACCAUGGGUCAGAGGUCACAGUCUCCAGUAUCCAGCUGUGUGUCUGUGAGGAGUGACUGGUCCAAAGAAAGACCUCCAGACUUCAGUAAUGAACCUGCACCAACAAUAGGUCAGAGGUCACAGUCUCCAGUAUCCAGCUGUGUGUCUGUGAGGAGUGACUGGUCCAAAGAAAGACCUCCAGACUUCAGUAAUGAACCUGCAGCAACAAUGUUCUUCAAUCAUGGACCCCAGCUGACCAUGGGACAUUUGUCAAACACUCGGUGAAGACUCAAACACAGACUCGCAGGCAAAAAGCAAAUCUUUAUUUAGGCCUGUUUCACAAUCUAGAGUUUAAAAGUCAAGAAGAUGAUAAAGAAACCAAAAUCUACAGACUUCAUAGACAGAACGUCAGAUAAAUGAUUCCAUCACAUUUUAAAAGAAAGUAUCAGGAUAAUAAUCUGAACUGAGUCAUCAGAAACAGAAAGAUGGUCUCAACAGGCCACUGAGCUGAUCUCCAAAGAAAGAAGAAGAUUGAAGAGUCCGAGGCUGUUUGUUUGUCACAGGCAUCGUCAAACACGUCCAACACAGUGAAAUGUGCUGAGCUGCUCCUGUGACUGGACAAAACAUUAGAAACAAUCAUUAAAUGAAAUAAUGAAACAUUGUGCAGAUGUAAUGUUAAAGUGCUUUGUGCCACAUUAGCACAGCAUGUACUGACAGAGCAGUGUAGAUGAGCAAAGUGAUGUAAACAGAGUAAGUGAGCAGAGUAAUAUCAGCAGUAAUGAAGCAGCAGGAUCAGUGCAGCAGCGUGUGACGUCAUAAUGAAUCAGAUAUGAUCUGAAAUAUGACAGUGAGACAAGAACAUGAUGUGAGGUCCUGUUUAAACCCUGAUGGUGCUGCUAUGAGGGGAGCACGUUCUGAUGUAGGACUUGGAUGGUCUGAGGAUAGAAGCUCCUCUCUGUUUGUGUCCUGAUGCUGCAGAAGCUUCUGCCUGAUUGUAGGAGCUGAAGCAGCAUCAUCCCAGAGGUGAAGCUGCUCUGUGUGCAGACCUGAGGUCAGAUUCCUCCAGGCUGAUGUUCAGCAUCUACAGAAACGUGUGGUUGUAGUUAUUGCUGCUCUGUGUGCUGACAGCAGAUACUCAGAACAAAGCGCUGCACACGUGUUCUUUACAAACAUCUGUACAUAGAAAACAUGGAUGAUGGCAGUGAAUGAACACGUUUCUGUCAUUUGUUUCAUUGGCUGCUUUUUUCUUCCUGUGUUCAUGUGAUGAAUGUCUGACACAUAAACAGGUUUGUAAUCAAACAUCACAUCAUCAGGGAGGCAUCAUGAAACAAA